UGCUGUGACAGGGUCAUCAGUGACUGGGGAAAGGCAGCUGUGAAUAGAUGCAUUCAUGUCAAGCAUGUCAGGGGGUCGUUGUCAAGGAAAUAUGAUGGUUCGACUGGGACUCUUGAUGAUCUUCCCUGCAUUGUGUCAUUGCUUGGAGAGCUUCUGUGAUGCCACACAGGGUGUAACUUACUGUUACACACCUCUGGGAGGAACAAUGUCGCGUCAGCUGGUGUUUGAUGCAAAUGAAUUAGAGCUUGAAUUUAAAAAGAGUCAAUAUAAAGUUGGUGAAAACAUAUUAAAAAAAAAAAAUUAUCAUACCAAAGUGUAUUUCGAUGGACCCUGGAAAAAUCGGUCACACUUUUAUGUCAACAACGGGACACUGAGGAUAACUGACAUGGAGCAGACUGACUAUGGGGAUUAUAUCUUGACUAUGCAUAAUAUAAAUGGUACAUUUCUGAAAAAUCAAAAAAUACAGCUGCUUGUUGGAGGAACACAGCAUGAAGGAGGGCUAUUCUGCUGUUCUUGUUCACCUUGUGCAGGUGGGCUCUCUUGGCUGGUUGUCAUCAGCUCUCUAGCAGCUGUGGUUCUGAUGGCUGUGCUUGGGUACUAUUUUCUGAGGCGAAGGAGGCAGCAGCCGACACCAGAUCCUGUACGGUUCUGUCCGUCUGUCUGGUGGGAACCACGUUCCGUUCUGUUUUCCUGUCUGGACCAGGUCAGACCAAACAAGAUGGAAACCUCAAAGCUGCUUCUCAUCGGGGUAUUAGUCCUCCAAUGUUGCUGUGUGUGUGCCUCACCUGAGUGUGAGCAGGAGACGGCUCGUCUGAGGCUCCAGCUGCGUACGCUGGAGGCUCGGGUCCUGCAGCAGCAGCAGCUCAUCCAGAGGCUCCAGAAGCAGAACAAGGCCGAGUCUGAGGACCUGGGCCAGCUCCACCUGCUGCCAGGGCACCUCUACAGAGACUGUGCCCACAUCUACAACAACGGGUCCAAGAAGAGUGGAAUGUACAUGAUCCAGCCAGUGGGAAGCCCCGCCCAGGUGACAGUGUUCUGUGACAUGGCAGAGGGAGGAGGAUGGACCGUCAUCCAGCGCCGCACUGAUGGGAGUCAAUCUUUCAACAAGCCUUGGGCUGACUUUAAGCAGGGAUUUGGGGACUUUCAGUCGGGCAAGGGGGAGUUCUGGCUGGGGAACGAUAAUCUGCACUAUCUGACAUCACAAGGUGAAUACAGUCUGAGGGUCAACAUGGAGGACUUUGAGAGAUCUCGGCGCUUUGCAGAAUACAGCAGCAUCAAAGUAGCAGACGAAGAGCAUCACUAUCAGCUGCAGUUUGGAGCGUACUCUGGGACGGCAGGAGACUCCCUGUCAGGGAGCUACCACCCGGAAGUGCAGUGGUGGGCCAGCCACCAGGGCAUGAAGUUCAGCACCUACGACAGGGACAACGACCGCUACGACGGCAACUGCGCGCAAGAAGACAAAUCUGGCUGGUGGUUUAACAGGUGUCACUCCGCUAAUCUAAACGGCAUGUACCACCGAGGGGCCUACAGCGCGAUGACGGACGAUGGAAUGGUAUGGUACACCUGGCACGGCUGGUGGUACUCCCUCAAGUCUGUCGUCAUGAAGAUACGCCCGGCCGGCUUUGAGUCCAACACAGUUCCGUGAUCAGCUCCGUUAUAGCGCGCUGAGAGUGACAUCAUAUUAAGUCAGCUAUUCAGAUUUAUAUGCUUAAAAUACAGUAUGCAUUCACCCAUUGGCUGCUCCAAAUGGGAAUUUAUUUUACAUAGAUUGUUAGACUGUACAAUGUCAAUCAAAAAGUUGCCAUGCUAUCCAUAAUCAAGUGACAAACACCAAUAAACGUGCAAAGGGCAUGUAAAUGCAUGUUGACACACUUCAUUUCCAGUCAAACCAUAAGUCUCUAACUGUAAACAUGUUGUCAGAUAAGCCAACCAAUAAUAAAGCAUUCCUUAUCAAAAUG